UUGCAAACAAGUCGAUUAAUUCAAGCUUGCCAACAGGAGUUUCGCAAGCGCCGCCACAAUAAUUUAUUGUAUUUGUUUUCAAACAUUGCUGACUAACGAAAAGAAUUAUAAAAAAAGAAGACGAACAUCAGUAAAGCAAAAAUCUUUUUCAAGCGAUUGCAAAAUCGCUAACUUUACCAAGAAAAUUUAUCAAUUAACAUUUUGAAGGCUAAAGUCGUGCACGCAGCAGCCAAGCAAAAAUCAUUAUGCCGCGCACAAAGGUUUCAAAAAGUUCGAAACGCAAUCGUGAGGCUGCAAAUCGCGAAGAAAAAAUUAGGGAAUUUGAGAAUACUUUGGAAGGCUUUCAAACUACCUUUGAAGCUAAGGUCCAAGAUUGUCUCUCCCUGUAUGAAGAAAAAUUUUCAAUGCUUAGAAAAACCAUUGGAACAGCUCUGUUGGAAAUGAAAAUAUGUGAUCUUUUCGAAAUGGACUUCAAGAGGUUUGCCGAUUGGGAAAAGAAAAAACAAAGAAAUGAUGAAAAUUCUUUGAGCUCUUCAAUCAAUUCUGCUCUGCUAAAGUCUGCCAAAGCCGCAAAUCCCAAUGAUGAAGGCUACCUUACAGAGGAUAGUUCCACCGGUGGCAGUUUAGGAUCUUCCACAGCACAUGCAGCCUAUCUUAAUUCGUCGAAUAUGCGUACACAACAAUUGGCACCGCAUCAAACAGCGCGUCUGCGUACACCCGGACCAUUGAGUUCGGCUAGAGCUAGACGACCAAGACGCAGUCGUUCGGCCUGCGGGGAUUACGGUAUACCUGGUUCGGCCAUUAAAAAGAAGAGUUCUUCACAAUUGUCGGUCAAUGCAGUCGGCGACCAUCAUUCACGUAGUAAAAUGAGAACACCUAUGGCUUCUAGGACUAAAGCACUUAGCGCCGAUCGUACACCAAAGUUAGUAAAUGAUGCAGAUUUGCCGUCUUCGCCUCCAACAUUUUUGCGAUUCCCCAGGGCCGGAGAAUUGGUGCUUUCGAAAUGCGGUAGUCCCUUGGUAUCCAACACAAUUCCUGACAAUUACGCACACCUUAAUAUUCCAUUACGCAAUGGUGUUAUAUCUAUGCGUCCCAAGAAACUUGCCGAACUGCAGCCAAACAUUUUGGAAGCCAUGGACCCAGAGACUUUGGAACAAUUGAGAACAUUGCAUGCUAAUAUCGAUAAAAUAGUUAGUAUGGCAGACAAGGCCGGUUUUAUAUAGAGCCAUAUCAUUAGCUGAGCAAGAAAUUACUUAUGAUGAAAAUAUAUAUUUAUUAUCGAGAAUCAAUACAUUUCCCACCCACUAUAUCGAAACCAAAUCGAAAUCCUUAUUGGUAAUACGAAGCGCACACUCACUACAUGUGUACAACCACCUUUCAUUUAUUUCUUACUACAUAUGUCUUGUACCCUUAUUUGUUAAUGAUUUAGUAUUAAAUUUAAUUAAUAACCCAUUUGAUUGCCAAUGCAUGAAGCAACACAAGAAUUUACUUGUUCUGGAGUUCAACAAAGAACUCGUCGCCGAGGAGUGCACGAAACAUGUACAAAAUGGUUAACAUUUGUUUUUUGUCCCAAAAAAACUGUAAUUUGUCUUAUUUGUUGAAAACAAGUUUAAAAUAUGUUUCCGCCUCAAAUUUUAUUUGCAACAACGCUAGCAUAUAAAUAAAUAUCUGUGAGCAACAAAUGUUAGCAUAUAAAUAACUCUUGUUUUCAUAUUCAAAAUUUUUAUUACAACAACGUACGAUUUUUUAAUUGCAAACAUUUUU